UUUGUUAAAGAACGUCAGACAGGGCUGGACCAGUGAACGGACCUGUCGAGAUGGCGGCAAAAUUUUUAUUAAUUUUCUUUGCCCUUUUCGGAUUUGCGUUUUCUGAAGUAAUACCUUUUAUUGACCGCGGCGAUUACAGUGUAUGCGAGAUCAACAAGCUUCGUAUCACACCGUGCAAAAAUCAAACACAUUGCACGUUGAAGAAAGGAUCCACAGUGAGGAUAUCCUUCGACUUCACACCUAAAUUUUCAAGUGACUCUAUAAUGACUGGUCUCUUAUGGUACAACGAAGGUUUUAAGAAUUCUUACUCGGAGCUCCCAAACGCCGAUGGGUGCCUGUAUACGCCAUGCCCUCUGGAGGCUGACAAGAAACAGACGCUCAACUACGAUCUUCAAAUAGCUAACAGAUUACCCGAUGGUGAAUACAAUUUCAAGUGGAAGAUUUGGACCCACACCGAUGAAGAGUGCUACUUCGAGACUACUAUUGAACUGGAGAGAUAACCUCAUAACAUUGUGAAAUGUACAGAAGUACAUAUAUUAAACUUU